AGAGAAAUAUUCGUAUUUCACCCCCUCGCUCUCGCUCUCCCAAUCUUCUUUCUUCGCUAUUAUUAUUAUCAUUUAUAUAAAAAUCUUCUUGAAGCUCUCUCUCUCCAUCUCUCUUCCCCUUCAGCAAGUGCUCCUUCCGCCGUUUUUCGCCCCUCCUCGCUACACCGAUCCCAAGUGCUCACCUCUUUUUAUUUACACGGAAAAGAAAAUCUUUUCUUUUUUCAACCAUGUCAACGAUCAAGACAACACCGAUGUCAACGAAGGACACAACGAAGGACACGACGACGACCACGCCGCCCUCUGUUCCCCGCAAGCGCUACAGCUUCAUGAAUGACUACAGCGAGGGGAUGCACCCGCAGGUCCUCGAGGCGAUGAUGCAGGAGAACAACGGCAAACAGAACCCCGGUUACGGCCUCGACGCGCACUGCGCGGAGGCUGCCCGCCUGAUCCGGAAGGCCGCGGAUGCGCCCGACGCGGAUGUGCACUUCAUUUCAGGUGGCACGCAGACCAACUUAAUUGCUAUUUCAGCGGCGCUGCGGCCGUGGGAGUGUGUGAUUGCAACGCAGCUCGGCCACAUCAGCACGCACGAAACCGGCGCCAUCGAGGCGACGGGGCACAAGGUGUUCAACGUCUUCUCGCGUGACGGCAAGAUGCGGGUGGCGGACAUCGACAGCGCCUUGCACGAGAACAACUCCGAGCACACGGUGAAGCCACGCAUGGUGUACAUCUCGAACACGACGGAGGUCGGCACGCAGUACGAAAGGCACGAGUUGGAGGAGAUUUCUAGUUUCUGUCGCGCACACGACCUGCUCCUCUUCGUCGACGGCGCGCGCAUUGCGUCGGCGCUCACCAGCCAGCACAACGACGUCACCUUAGCAGACAUGGCGCGGCUGACGGACAUGUUCUACAUCGGCGCCACGAAGGUGGGAGGGAUGUUUGGAGAGGCCCUCGUCGUCUUGAACGACGCCCUCAAGCCGGACCUGCGCUUCUUGAUCAAGCAGCGCGGCGCGUUGCUCGCGAAAGGGUGGAUGCUGGGGAUUCAGUUUGAGGUGCUCAUGAGGAACAACCUCAUCUUCGAGCUCGGCGCCCACUCGAACAAAGCCGCGGCCAUCAUCAAAAACGGACUGCAGGAGUGUGGCCUGACCUUCGCCUACGACUCGGAGAGCAAUCAGCAGUUCCCGAUCAUGACGAUGGCCCUCUACACGGAGAUUUCGAAGGAGUACGACUGCAUGCUCUUCGAGGACCGCCGCGACGGCACCGCCGUGGUGCGCUUCGUGACCUCCUGGGCAACGCCAGAGGACGCGUGCCAUGAGUUUGUGUCGUCGCUGAAGCGAAUCGUGGCCGCCACAGCAGCGGCGUAG